GAUUCUGUUAUAGUGAAAAUAAUCAGAAACAUUUUCUUUAGAUCCUUUACUUAAAUUAGACCCAUAAAUGUGUGCAAAAAGGGAUUAGUGAUUCCAAAAAUUCCCUUUUAGUCUGUUAAAUAAAAUGGGCACGUUUGGGUUUUUGUCAGCGUGUUUUUCCUGAUUAUUCUCCGAGGUGAGAGGUAAAUGUGCCUCCUCAUGGAGUAGAGACGUCAGCACUGGAGGAGGCGCCAGAGGGCUGGCGUGGAGAGGCUGCUGGGCAGGGGAGAGGAGAGAAUGAACCGAAAGUAGCGUCAAAACAUUUAGUCUGGAGAGGAGGAGAAGGAAGACGCUUUGUUUUUACCACUCCCAGUUACCACUAAAAAAAUAGUUUUAAUCUCUAUGACGCAGAUGAGGAUUUAAAUCUUGAAAUGUUUUAGUUUUUAUCCAAACUCCCGGCGCACCUCUCGCUGUCUGCGCGCGCGGAGAUCCUGGAUGCGCUGGAAGUGUGCGCUUCAGCACCUGAGGAGAGGACAGCUCCCGACUGUCUGCUCCUCAGAAACUCCGCGGCUGGCUGCUGGCUUUUAGAGCUCGCCUGUGCAGCCUGACACUCUCUCUGGCUGCUCCAAGUCUGGGAAAAGGAGGAGAGACCCGCGACCGGCAGUGUUCUCAAUAUGUACCAGGGGCAUUCACAGGGGAAAGACUCUAGGGCUGCAGAUAGGACUGUUGCCAUGGUCCUGAAGGAGAUACCCAGUAAAGCAUCAUCAGAAGGGAAGCCCCUCCUCACAGUGACUACCAAGCUGGUGAGCGAGCAACAAGAGAGCCGGCCACUUCUAAGCCCUUCCAUAGACGACUUCCUCUGCGAGACCAAAUGUGAUGGAGUUUCCCGACCAGUGACCUCCAACACAGCUGUUUUGUCUUCAACACUAGAUCUGCUGGAUCUCAGUGAACCGAGUGAAAGAAAGAACAGCAAGGACAGGAAUAGCCUCUUGUCGUCCCGGUGUGACGGGCAGAAGAACAAUUCACACAAGAAAAAGACGGAUGAGACGGAGCUGAUCCAGGUGGAGGUGGAACAAACGGGAUCGAGCAUGCGAACCACAGAGAGGCGGUCGCUGGAUUCAGUUGGUUCAUUAGAUAAAUGGGAAGAACUGAAUCCCAACCCUGAGAAAAACGGCAACAGAAAAUGGAAGUUGGAAAGACGGCGUUCCUCAAAAAAUUCCUCCAAUGAGUUUCUUUGGUCCAUAGAUUGCAAAACCCAAUUAGACUCAUCCAAUAAGAACACCUUGGAAGCGAAUACCAAAGUCGAGCCGGAGUCCGCCCUUGCAUCUCAACUCAACAGGCAGUAUAUUAGUGGAAGACAUGCCCGCCUGACGAAGGAGCACCGCUGGGGGAGCACCCUGCUUUCCAGACAUCAGUCACUGGAGGAGGAGUUCGAGCGAGCCAAGGCUGCCGUUGAGUCGGAUACGGAGUUCUGGGAUAAGAUGCAGGCGGAGUGGGAAGAGCUGGCACGACGAAACUGGCUGACAGAAAACGAGCAGGCACAGAUCCCUUCCUCCGUAUCUCCACACGAGAAGGGUUACUACUUCCACACGGAUAAUCCCUAUAAAGACCUACCUAAUGCAUUUGAAGAGGGACUGAAGAAGACUCGAGAGGGAGACCUGCCAAACGCUGUGCUUUUGUUGGAAGCCGCCGUCCUGCAGGACCCAAACGACUCAGAGGCUUGGCAAGUGUUGGGAACCACACAAGCUGAAAAUGAGAAUGAGCAAGCAGCCAUCGUCUCCCUCCAGAGGUGUUUGGAGCUCCACCCUAACAAUCUCUUGGCCCUCAUGGCUCUGGCGGUGAGCCUGACCAACACUGGAAUGCGUCACGACGCCUGCGAGGCCUUGCUCCGCUGGCUGAGACACAACCCCAAGUACAAGCACCUUCUGAAGAGCAAAGCGCACCUGAUAGGAUCCCCAAACUCUCAACGAAGGAUGUCUUCUGCUCCCAACAUGGGCAGGCAUGAAAGCUCGCUCCUACCGGAGGUCAAAGAGCUUUUCCUGGAAGCAGUUCAGCAGAACUCUGACAACGUUGACCCGGAUUUGCAGACAGGCCUGGGGGUGCUGUACAAUCUCAGCGGAGAGUUUAACAAAGCAGUGGAGGCCUUCAAUACUGCCCUGUCAGUGCGACCGGAGGACUAUUUGUUGUGGAAUCGCCUGGGAGCCACGCUGGCAAACGGGGACCGGAGCGAGGAAGCGGUGGAGGCUUACACGAGAGCCCUUGAGCUGCAUCCAGGCUUUAUCAGAUCUCGCUACAACCUUGGCAUCAGCUGCAUUAACCUGGGGGCACACAGAGAGGCGGCCAGUAACUUCCUGACCGCCUUAAGUCUGCAGAGGAAAAGCCGAAGUCAUCAGCAGUCCCACCAGGUGAUGUCUGGAAACAUCUGGGCAGCUUUGAGGAUAGCUUUGUCAAUGAUGGACCAGCCUGAACUCUUCCAGGCCGCAAACAUCGGAGACCUGGAUCUUCUAAUGCGGGCUUUUAACUUGGAUAUCUAAAGAGCGGGAGUCAGCGAGGAUCUCAUCUCCCGCUUUAGCCAUCCUCCAAUCUCAGCCCAUUUAGCAAAUGCCCAGGGUGAACACGUCGGAGUGGACGUGUGUCCUAUGCACGUCCGAGUGAACUACAGUCAUCCAAGCUGCCACCUUUUAUCCUUUUUUCUUUUUUUUUGGUACCUUGGAGCAGUUUUUAGGGGCCGGUUCUUCCAACGGUUCGGAGUGGCUGCUUUGUGAUGAAAUUUGCACUGCAAUUUAUGAUUUCCCUGAAGAGCACAAGGACGAGCGAAGACUGUAUGAGCAAUGCCUUAGAGGACACAUCAAUUAAAAACUGACUCAUCCAGUGGAACAGAGCUGAGACAGGAGCGAGAGCCAGUUUUAAGACUCCCAUAGAGGAAGCCUCACCAACUAUUUGCAAGAAAAAGGAGGUUAUGAGAGUGGGGAGGAAAAAAAAAAACUACUGACUCAAGAUUUUUUUUUUUCUUUUAACAAAGCAAACCACAUUUAGUGAGCAAAUUUUAAAGGCCGUAUCCCAUAGACUGGACCUUUAUUUUCCGUUUCUGGCUUAUCCUGCUCUCGCUGAAUGGAGAGUCUAAAUACUGCAUGAACGAGCAUUUUUAAGUAUGAACACUUGUUAAAAAUUACCUUAAUGUAAAAUCUCUCCCUUUGCACUUCAGACAAUUAGAAGACUUCCUCCUCUACCCAAGUGGAAUGUGCAAGCCAGGAUGUAAAGCCUUACUCAUAUGCAUGCAACAAAUAAUAUUUAUUUAUACUAUUUUUAUUGCUAGACAAAAAAAAAAGCCAUUUUCUGACUGGUUUCAAUUUCUUUACAUAACCGCGUUUGUCUGACCUUGAAAGCUUUCUCUUUCAUUUUUUAUGUUUUAUUUGUUUAUUUACUUUAAACUGCGUAAGUUUACUCCCUUUAUCGUGGCUGGACAAAACAUGAUCAUAAUUGGGUGGUUUUCAACUUGAUUUAUUUUUUCAAAACUUGUGGCAUUACUGAAAAAGCCUUUUCCGACUGAUGUACAUGUUUCCUUUAAUUGCUUAGGAAUGCAGUGGCUUAUGAUGGGGGUUGGGGGGGGGGGGUUGCUGAACAUUCAAACACGUUUGUACCGCUGCUGCAUUUCCACAGGCAGCAAACUCGCCCGAGUUUACCUCAGCCACUGUGCACCGAUGAAAUAUUGAUGGAAGUUUGGGCAGAAAGUUGCACAUCGUAGGUUGUUUGCUUUACCUCCUGAAUAGUGCAAUUAAUAUCAAUAUGCAUUUUUUUCUUAAAAGUAUGAUUCCUCCUCUUUCAGAUGAAUUAGUUUGCCUCAAAAGCUUAUCCAUGAAUGUGCUUUUUAGCUAGCUGCCUCCGUUGCACUGCAGAGUCACCACGUGGAGAGAACUCCCCGACGUGCAAUGCAGGAAGUGAUAGAUAAUCUUCUGUACUGUAGAGCCCGGCACACUUCGGUGUUUUAUCUGGCACGGACACAGUCGGGGUGUCGAAAGGGGUUUUUAUUGUCGGCUCCUAUGCAAAAGGUCAUGUUUCAUGUCGCCGGUUUGAAUGGCCGCCGCGUCCGCGUCCCGCUUCCCGGACCAAAUGGAGGUGUUGAUCCUGCGCUCUGAGAGAAUGCUAUCAGGGAGGCGCAGAGACCCGCGCGCGAGGGGCCAUUCAUCUUCCUAACUGCUCAGAUGGGAUGUCAUGCUCCGUGUGGGGAAAAUAAGUGUUUCAUAAGAGAGAACAAACGUCAUCCACCUGAAGUGCAGCUUUCAAAAAUUUGUGGCAUCACAGUUUGUCUUUUUUUCUAAAACAACCAGAAAAUGCUCGGCUUAAAAAAAAAAAAACAAUUACAAACCAUGAAUAUGAUGAUUAAAGGAAGGUUUAAUCGAUGAUAUUCAUAAGUUUCAUUUUGUUUAGCUUCAUGUAAGCCUUGCAGAUACUUUAGGAGCAAAUAUAUGCCAGUUUGUGACCAAAAAACACACUUUUAAAGUUUGUAGUUAAAGUUAAAUGUAGAAAUUCUUUGGUGCCAUAAAAACAUUUGGAAUUUUCCCAUGCCAAAGCUUAACACGUUUUAAAAAUGUUCCUUUUAUGGGGUUUAUUAUCCUUGACUCUCAAGAAUAUGUCUUCAGCUGCAUCACUAUAAAAUAGUUCACAUCAUUUCAAUAUACUUUAUUUUUGUUUUUUUUUAAUGCCUAAACAUCUAAAGCCUCCUUUCCACCGAGUAGUCUGGUCCGGUCCGCAAUUUUGAGCGUUUCCGACCCGAACCUCUUGAGGGCCCCAAUUGGUUGUGGAUCUAUAUAAAAAUAGAACGGUACAGUUAGGGUGGAGCCACUGUUGCCACCCACUGAUUGGCAGAAAGUGAUGACGACAUUAGAGAGCAACAUUAUAGCCAGUGUAGCGCUAAGCUAGCAUUUCUAUUUUCCUCUUUACGAUUGUAUUUUUAAAUUUUCUGUCAAACAAUAUCAAAUUCCUGUAAUACACAAUGUACAAAAAAAAAGGAAGACGAGCUUCUGGAUUACCUCCAUUGUUGUUGCUUUUCUAGUUGUCGCACUAUAAUGACACGCUAGCGGCCUACACCACACAUGCGCUGUGAAAACAAACCGCUCCGUGGAAGCGAGGCUUCACUGGUUGGAAAUGCUCACCACAAUGAACUGGUCUGUCUCGCACUACUCCUCUCGUACCUGACUACUCAGCGGAAACGAGGCUCAAAGCCUUCUUCUACCACAGAAAAGAGGAAAACUGAAUUGCUAGCUUAGCGCUAUACUGGCGUUUUUAAUGUCGUCAUCAUUUUCUGCCAAUCAGCGGCUGGCAACAGCAGCUCCGCCCCAACCGUUUAUUUUUUUAUGCACCUAUACGGAUGGCAGCCCUCAAUAGAUACGGGCCGGGACUGUUUAAACCCUUAAAAUAGCGGAUCGAACCAUUCCGGUACCUAAUAGAGAUUCACACUCUGUUACCAGAGGUGUGAAAAACAAUAGUUAUUUAAAUAUAAAGAUUAUUUGUUUCUAUUUUAAAAAAUAUUCUUUCGAUUGCCGGUAUAAUUUGAUUUUUUUUUUUUUUUUUUUUUUUUAUUCUGUCAUGUAUUUUUUUUUAUUUUCCGUACCUUCUCAGGUAAAUUGGCCCGGCAUGACGCAUGCUCCAGAUGUCGCAUGUUAGAUUCCUAACAUUAUGGAUGUCUCCUGACCAUGAGUGGUUCUUUUAUUUGCUUGCAUGUGAGUUCUCUUAUUGCUUUGACUCACAUAUUAAGAUUAUGUAUACAAAGAUGUUCUCCUGCAAUAUUUCUAUACUGCAUUGCAAUCUUUACAUAACGUGAUAUAUACUGUAUAUAGUUAGUACUUAUACAAAACUAAAUUUAUACUGAAAAGUUCAAAUGAAUACGGAGCAGGUUUACUUAAACUCAAUGAGAUAUACAAUUUGGGGACUUUGCACAAAUUGGUAAUUUUGUUUUUUGGAAUUGUAGCUUCUAAAUCACUGUAGUAACCCCAACCUAUAAAGCUUGACAGCAACUAUUACACCUUCUAUCAGACCUGAAAAUCCUUUUAAUUACCAAAAAAUAUGAUUUUUUUUUUUUUGCAAUUUGCUGCCAACUAUCCAUAUUUAUGGCUGGAUUGCUUGCAAACAUCACUCCUGAAUUCCUAAUGAAAAAUAUGCAAUGUCUAUUUUUAUAUACUAUAAAAACACUGAGAAGAAUCUUUUUCCGUAAUACAGCACUGCAAAUCAAGAGUUUGAAUUUAUGAUGAAUAUUUUAAAAAACUUUUCAAUAAAAUGUGUCUAAUAUGUAUGAAAAGUUUAGCCAAUUUGUCCAAAAAAAUAACUAAAAAUAAAAAAGCACAAAAGUAACAUUCCCAAUUAUUUGAAUAAAAAAUGUUUAUUAUUUUUCACGUCAUAUGCACUUUAACUCUGGAUAAACAAAGCAUCUUUUCUGAAAAAUGUGAGUAUUUUUCCACUGUUUAACUAUAAAAAAAUGAAAAUCCAUAAAACAGCCUUAUAGGUUGGGGUUUAAAAAAAAUCUCCUUUCAUGUUUUAAGCAUGGAUAAACAUAUUUGCUCAUACCUUUAAUGUAUAAGAACUUUUUUCUUUCUUUGUUUAUUCACCCUGAACCCCACAUGUAUGAAAUAAAUUAUAUUUUCAUGGAUAUAACUAGAAAAUAUAUCAUUUCUGUGCAGUCGUUUAUCUGAUGAAAGCUAUAUUGCAUAUUAUUCUCCCUGUAUAACCACAAAGAAAUGCAUUAGCACCUUUAAUAUGAAGAUUAUGAAAGUAUCCUUUUAAAAUAAACUGUUGAUAUAAAGUCUUGGAUUCUGUGUCUUUAUUUAAAACAAAAAACAGUAAAAACUUUGAAUUUACGUUUUUUUUUUUGUUUUGUUUAUUGAAUUAUCCGAACAGGAUUGAGUAAACAGUGCCAGGGGAUGUACUGCACGUCCCCGAUUCGCAUUCACUUUCUGAAACCAUAUUUGGACUACCUUUAUUUAUACAACUUCAAAGAAUCCCUUCAGGAAAACUAAAGAAAUGGCACAAAAUUGUUAUGCAAAAAAAAAAAAAAAAA